GGUUACUAUGUACGCAAAUUCCCGCCAAAACUUAGUCUUACUGUCGUAUCAGAUGCAAUCGUUGGGUCUGUGUGGAAGAUGUUAAAAUUUAUUUAAUAAACAUUGUUCAUCAUAAAAUAUUAAACAUUGAACAAUGGAUCCGAGUGAAGUAGAAUUUCUCGGUGAAAAAGAAUUAGUCACCAUUGUGCCGAAUUUUAGUUUUGACAUGAUUCAUUUAAUUUCGGGAUCUGUGGGCCCGUUUCGAGCCGGUCUACCUGUAAAAGUUCCGAUUUGGUUGGCUGUAAACCUGAAACAGCAACAAAAGUGUCGAAUCGUUAAUCAAGACUGGAUGGACGUUGAUGGCUUAAAUGAAACGAAGGAAGAAGAGAAGUUAUCCAAAUUGUUUAUAAAAAUGCCCAGUAAUCAUUACAUGGAAGAAGCACAGCUUCUACUGAAUGUUGGUAGUGAUGAUAUACCCGAUGCAGACAGGAUAAAGACAGCAGUGAAGGAUAUAUGGGAUAUAAGAAUGUCAAAGCUUCGUACAUCGAUAGAUGCAUUCCUUAAAAGUGAAGGUUUACACGCUAAGCUGGAUCAUUUAACUGCCAUGGAAAUCAACAGCGUUCGUCCAUUAUUGCCACAUGCUCUGGAUCAAAUGCUAAGGAUUCAAACCAUAUCUGUACCCUAUACGAUAGUAAUUCUAUUACAACAAAAUCUUUUUUAUCCUUUCUGAACCAAACUUUAUAUUUUUUAGGAUGGGAAACCGACACAAUCUCAUGCUGGGACAUCACAAUAGACUGAUUGCUAGAUGAUGUUUUUAUUUUUUAUGUAUAAUCUAUCAUAAUUUCUAGAUUGUAAAUAUACAUGUAUAUAUUGAGUAUUGAUAUGAAGUAUUUAUAACGCAUUUUUGUUGAUUUCGUGUAACGAAAUAAAGAAAAUGGGAAAUAAAAUAAUAUGUUCAUAGUAUGUAAUAUACGAAUGCGAUAUAAUAGUUUUA